AUGAACGCGUGGGUCGCCGUGAUUGACCGGCAGAUUCUCCAACGCAAUGCUGCGGAAAUUCAGCUUACGGAGUGUGUGUUUGACGCACACAAAAUUACGCAAAAUCAGCUCUUGCGUCUGCAACAGCGGUACCAGGAAAUUGUCGACGACAACGGGAGGCUGGACGAAAAGUGCAAGGCUCUCAUGCAGCACGUGCGGACGUUGGAGCUGGCGGCGGCUGGCGUCCUGACUUCCACAGCUCGUGAGGGAGAGCUGGAGGCGAAGGUUGCGGAGCUGCAAAAACAGCUGCAGGAUAACAUCACGCAGGAGAAGGAUUACUACAAAAAUCUUUACGAGGCCAAGCGUCUCACGGAUGAGAACAAAGUUUUGCAGGAAGAAAUAACGCGGCUAAAGGAGCAGGAAGCACAACGCGAAAAUGUCCUACGAAUGCUAAAGAAUGAUUACGCUGCGCUCAAGCAGGAAAAUAGUGUGGUUAGGCCAAAACUAAAUACGCUGAUCAGCGAGCGGGAUCGCUGCGUCAAGGAGCUGCUGACGGCCAAGGACACGAUAGCGCGGAUGCAGGAUACAAUUCUGGAGUACGAGGAUAGGUGGAAUCAAAUGCAGAAGGAAAAACGGAAUAGCGGUAGUGGCUUUAUCAUGGGGACGACGUACUCAGAUCCGCACUUUGGUGACUCGGUUCGAGGGAGUCGCGCUGUGAAAGACCCCGUAGCCACCCUACGAGACGCCUCCAGUGCGUUGGAGGUUCCCGUUCCGACAGCUCAGGCGUACACCAUCAAUGAAGCUCACGGCGAUCGAUUAUUGUACGCGACGUGUGCUGCGGAUGGCGGGAAGUUACUUAUUUCUGGAGGCGGUGAUCGCAUGAUCCGUCACUGGGAUUACAGUACUGGGAAGGCGCUGCGCAGUCACCCUAGCACGGACGUGCCACUAUGCGUGGAUAGCACAUCGCAUUAUUUACUGGCAGGUUGCGCCGAUGGUGUCGCCCGUUUUUGGGAUACGCAUGCGUUGCGCACAGCCGAACUUACGGGACAUCGUGAGAAGGUUGUGGCCGCGUAUCUUUCUCAGUCAGCGCACAACGCCUUUACUGCGAGCUCGGAUCGUACCAUUAAAAUUUGGGAUGUUCGAAAGAGUACAAUUCAGCGAACAAUCAUGUGUUCUAGUAGUUGCAAUGAUAUCUGUGUGGGUGGUUCCCUUAUUUUUUCGGCGCACUAUAACGGAAGUAUAUGGAUAUGGGACCGCCGCACGAACGAUCACGGCACGGAAAUCAAGCAUGCCCACCAGAAGGGUGUAACAUGUGUCCGAUUGGACCCUAGUGGCCAGCGAUUUGUUUCACUUGGUCGCGACGGUGCUGUCAGCGUGCGUGACGUGCGCGAAAUGAGUCGUGAGCUGCUUCGAAUUGAGGAUCAUGGGAUAUGUUGCUCAACAAACCUUGCACGCCUCGCAGUAAGCCCGGAUGGAGCGCUUUGCGCAUUGGGCAACCUGCAGGGAGAAGUUCUUUUUGUUUCACUUAAUACCGGCCGCGUUCUCCAAGAACGGCUUGUAGGAGGACAUGUGAAGGCGGUUCACAGUGUCGUGUGGGCCCUUUGCGGAUCGACGCCCAUGCUUGCGUCAAUUGGUGAGGAUAAGCGUAUCGUUGCUUGGAAAUAG